AUGUAUGGGCGCUACACACAGGACCUGGGCACCUUCGCCAAGGACGAGGCGGCCCGGCUGCGGCUGCAGCAGGGGCAGGGGGAGGGGGGCACCCCCCGGCCACGCCGCCCCUCUGAGCUGCUGGAGUACACCCAGGGCCGCUGUGCCCCCUGCCGCGUCUGCGCCUUGCAGUGCCAGCGGUUCCUCAUCUCCAAGGUGGGCGAGGAUUGGGUCUUCCUCAUCCUCCUGGGGCUGGUCAUGGCGCUGGUCAGCUGGGCCAUGGACUUCGCCAUCGCCACCUGCCUCCAAGCCCAGAAGUGGAUGUAUGGGGGCCUGGACACCAACGUGCUUCUGCAGUACCUGGCCUGGGUCACCUACCCCACCGUGCUCAUCACCUUCUCAGCUGGCUUCACCCAGAUCCUCGCCCCCCAGGCUGUGGGCUCGGGGAUCCCCGAGAUGAAGACCAUCCUGCGGGGCGUCGUGCUGAAGGAGUACCUCACCCUCAAGACCUUCGUGGCCAAGGUGAUCGGGCUGACGUGCGCCCUGGGCAGCGGCAUGCCCCUGGGGAAGGAGGGUCCCUUUGUCCACAUCGCCAGCAUGUGCGCAGCCCUGCUCUGCCGCUUUCUCUCCCUCUUCGGGGGCAACUAUGAGAACGAGGCGAGGAACAUCGAAAUGCUGGCGGCCGCCUGCGCCGUCGGUGUCGGCUGCUGCUUCGCCGCCCCGGUGCCAGGCGUCCUCUUCAGCAUCGAAGUCACCUCCACCUUCUUCGCCGUCCGCAACUACUGGCGUGGCUUCUUCGCCGCCACCUUCAGCGCGUUCAUCUUCCGCGUCCUUGCUGUCUGGAACAAGGACGAAGAGACGAUCACAGCGCUGUUCAAGACCCGCUUCCGCCUUGACUUCCCCUUCGACCUGCAGGAGCUGCCCGCCUUCGCCGUCAUCGGGAUUGCCAGUGGCUUCGGGGGUGCGCUCUUCGUCUACCUCAACCGCAAGAUCGUGCAGUUCAUGCGCCGCCAGAAGACCAUCAACCGCUUCCUCAUGAAGAAGCGCCUGCUCUUCCCUGCUCUGGUGACGCUGCUCAUCUCCACGCUGACCUUCCCACCCGGCUUUGGACAGUUCAUGGCUGGCCAGCUCACCCAGAAGGAAACCCUGGUGACACUGUUCGACAACCAGACGUGGGCCAAGCAGGGGCUCAACGAUGAGUUUGAGUACUUGGGCAUCCUGGAGGCCUGGCAUCACCCCCGCUCCAACGUCUUCGUCACCCUUGUCGUCUUCAUCCUCAUGAAGUUCUGGAUGUCGGCCCUGGCCACCACCAUCCCGGUGCCCUGCGGAGCCUUCAUGCCCGUCUUUGUCAUCGGGGCAGCCUUCGGGCGCCUGGUGGGGGAGAGCAUGGCAGCCUGGUUCCCCGACGGCAUCCAUGCCAACAGCAACACCUACCGCAUCGUGCCGGGGGGCUACGCCGUGGUGGGAGCGGCCGCGCUGUCGGGCGCCGUCACCCACACGGUAUCCACGGCCGUCAUCGUCUUUGAGCUGACGGGGCAGAUCUCGCACAUCCUGCCCGUCAUGAUUGCCGUCAUCCUGGCCAACGCUGUGGCCCAGAGCCUCCAGCCCUCCCUCUACGACAGCAUCAUACGCAUCAAGAAGCUGCCCUACCUCCCCGAGCUGGGCUGGGGCCACCACGAGAAAUACAACGUGCGGGUGGAGGACAUCAUGGUGCGGGACAUCCGCUAUGUCACCCUCAACUGCAAGUACCGGGACCUGCAGCACGUCCUGCAGAGUACCAAGAUGAAGAGCCUGCCGCUGGUGGAGUCAGCCGAGUCCAUGAUCCUGCUGGGCUCCAUCGAGCGGGCGCAGGUGGGGGCCCUGCUCUGCCACCAGCUCAGCCCCGAGCGCCGGCUCCAGGCCCUGCGGCAGAAGGCGCUGGCCGAGGACGGGCACCGGCUCUCUGAUGCCAGCAUCCGCUUCCAGGUGAGGGGGGCGGCCACCUCGGGGGAUGCCCGGCCAGGGUGCUCCCCGCCGCCAUGCCCUCACCACCCCGUCUCCCCGCAGAUCAGCACGGAGGCCUCCUCGGCUGGCACCACCGACCACACCGGCAUCGCCCUCAAGAGCCUCUUCUGUGCCAACGCUGCCGCAGAGCCCACCGAGGCCCAGGGCAUGGCCUAUCGCAAGGCCAAACACGUCCGCAUUUCCAUCGCGGAGGAGAUAGACCUGGGUGACAAGAUGACCCCGGCGGAGACAGCCAAGGGGGUGAAAGUGCGCCCACCGCUCGCCAGCUUCCGCGACAGCACCACCAGCGCCGGCGAGCCCGACACCACCGCCCUGCGCCAGCUCUGGGACCGCCACCAGCACCACCCCAUGCCCCGCGAGGCUGGUCCCGGGGGCGACAACAACGACAACGACACCCCCAAAGGCCAGUGA